AUGUCAUCUGGGAAAAAUGGGAAUAGCCAAGAAAUUUCAGGUCACCCUGAGGUGGAUAGCGCGUCGACGAGGGACCACAGCAACGACUCUCAAGAGGAGCGAUCAACCCACACGAAUGACAACCAACCCCGAUGUUCGAUAUGCCAAAGUACUUUCAGACGCCCUGAACAUCUAAAACGCCAUUUCCGCAGUCAUACAAAAGAAAAGCCAUUCAAAUGCACACGGUGUGGCCGUUACUUUUCCCGGACGGAUACGCUUCAUCGUCAUGAGCUGAGUCACCAUUCGGUUGGAACUAAAGGGACCGAGGGACACGCACACCGGAUUACAGUGAAAACAUUUCGCGCAUGUUUCAAAUGUGCAGUGGCACGAGUUCGGUGCAGCGGUGGGCAGAAAGCAACAUCGUCCAACGCUUCCCCGGUGCUUGACGGCGCAUCGAAUAGUUCGGCAUUUCUUCCAGACCCACCGCCAUUGGCAGACGACAUUGAUGCCAACUUAAAGCCGUCGGAGGGGCCAGUCAUGUCUCAAAGGCCGGACUUUAAAAUGGCUCGGACUCAAGUUCAAUUGCCCGGACAGAGUGUCUCGAACGCGUUUUUGGGCUCUUCGAACAAUCUGAAUGUCCACGAUGUCCUUCGGAGCCGGCAUGAUGACGUUCCUGAGACGGGGGCUUCGCAUACGCCAAAUGCCAAUCAAAUCGGGACCGCAGUGUAUCCGUCUUUCUCUCUAUAUAACGUGUCAAACCCACCCCACGCCUAUCCUGAGGUUGCCACUUCAGACAUACGAAAUACUCACCGUCACGAUGGCGGACCUCCUGUUGAUAGUUCAACGAGGUCCCGACCCCCAGAAAGAGGCGAAAACACAACUGCUUUGGAAAUGACAGUGUCGGAUUUGCAGCAGACCUCAUUGGGCUCGGAUGAGCCAAACACCUCCACCAUCAACUGGCUCCCCAACGAUCUGUACCGAAAUGGGACAAACAGGGAAGAUCUCCGAUCUGAUGCUCUGGCCCAGGACCCUCAGACAGGAGGUUCUUUGAGUCAAACGGUUUGGCUUCCUCCUGUUGUCGGUACGGGUCCAAUCAAACCAUCACUGGAUAAAAGCAUCUGUCAAGCGCCGCCCAGGGAUUUUUCGACGAGCGGGAACCCGCAAGAACUCGAUAACUUGACCCAGGAUACCACUCAACCUCCUGUACAGUCAUCCACAAAACGGUUGACUGAUGAUUGUAUGGGCGAUGCUCCGCCUCCCUCUAAACAACCCAAAAAUUCUGUCAACGCCCUUUCAUACUCGGAAUAUGAGACUUCCGAGUGUGCACAUGGCCAUUUUUCCUUCCCUGCCAUACAUGAAUCUCACACGCCCGACGAGCAAAGCGUCAUUGACUUUCCCAUCGAGCCAUCGACAUAUGAUAGCAUCUACAGAUCUUUUGUCCAGCUAUGUUGCGCCGAUAGUCUCUUUUAUUUCAAAUUCGAUUCAACCAGCUUUCUUCCGGUGAAUGCUUUAUCAAGUUUCAUUCGUGUUUAUUUUGAAGCGUUCCAGCCAAUAUACCCCAUUUUUCACGCCCCUACAUACAAUCCCAACCGCACUCAUUGGUCAGUCAUACUGGCCAUGUCAGCCAUAGGCUGCCAGGCUUCAGGCUUCCGUGAAUCUAUAGCCGUCGAGAGAGAGAGAUACCGCUCGGAGCAGACGCCUCUGUGGCUUAUUCAGGCAAUGAUGCUAAACUGCGUCGGACUGGCUUAUGGCGCAAGCGAGAAAAUAAGAGCAUCUGCACUCAGCAGCUUUGGCGAUCUGGUAACACUCGUGAGCCGUGAACGACUCUUGUAUUCCGUGAGCAGACCGAACACCACAGGUGGUGAGGAUACACAAGAGACCCAGUGGACUUUAUGGAUUGAGGAUGAAGUGAGGCGACGGACCGCGUACUUUGUAUGGCUUCUGGAUUGCACGCUCGCCUAUCAUUUUGAUAGUCGUCCGUCGCUGUUCUUGGAGGACAGCCAGGCUGCGCUCCCCUCUCAUGAAAGCCUCUGGCAGGCGAAAUCGGCCAGGGUGUGGAAGCAGCUUGUCGAAAACCCUUCCGGUCCGGUCGGCGUGUCACUUUACGACGCUGUGCUGAUCAUGUACAUCGAAAAGCGACUGGUGCCUGGGAUCGGCGAUUUCACUAGCAUACUACUAAUCUACGCCCUCUACCAGCGAACGUGGGAAGUGGGUGAUUAUUUCCAACGUCCGCUAUCCUUUUGGGGCCCAACCGCAAAGAAGCAGUCUCGAGACGCAGCAAUUCCUUCAGGUUCUAUCUGGCUCCCAGGUAUUCCGUCAUACUCGAAAUGGCGCAAUAGCGCGUGCGACUGUCUGGAUAUCCUCCAGUGGAUGGUCAACGGCACAAAAGCACUAGGCCCCGAGCAUCAGAUAUUCUUACACCUCCACACAGCGCGAAUCAUUCUGCUCACCCCGUUCCGUGAAAUCCGAUCGCUAGCGACCUCUAUCGUGACGGGCCAGAUUGAGUGGACCCAACGCCAGCAGUCUAUCGAGUGGCAUUACAUUCUCCGUUGGAUACAGCACGAUCAGUACAAGGCCCGUCUAGCGAUCGUCCAUGCGGGCUCUUGCUUGUCGCAUAUUCGAAGCCAUUCAACGAAUGCGUUUCACGAGCCUGUGGCUGCCUUCCUUUCUAUUCUCACUCUGUGGGCCUACGGCAUGUGUCAUCCCCAGGCAUUUGCAGAACCUAUCCUGCUUGGAGAACCAACCUCUCGUCAGGCGACUAAACCAAGCUAUAUCCAUCUCGAUCACCCCUGUGACGAUGGCCUGGUUCAAUCGUUUGUACGGGAUGGCCAGGCCAUGAGCGGCAUUGUGACGGGUGCUGGUGAUAUAUGUGGUCCACAUGGGCCCAAGGAAGUCCUCCGUGUUGGCUGCAAGAUCCUCUCGGAUCUCAACUCGUGGGGAAUCUCUUGGCGCUUGAUUGCGACUUUGACCAAGCUUGCUGAGCUGAUCCUUUGA